GAAAAUUUAGAGAAAGAAGAUGGCACGCAUUUCUGCUAUUCUGUUAGUUUAUCUGCUUUGUUGUUUUUGCAGUGCGGAAAGAACAGUAUUCCUGUCUGAUAAAUCUGCAAGCAGCAUCUUGACACGAACAAAAAGAUACAAUACAGGCCGACUGGAGGAAUUUGUUCCUGGGAAUCUUGAACGAGAAUGUUUAGAAGAAAAAUGUAGUUAUGAAGAGGCAAGAGAAGUGUUUGAAAACACUGAGAAAACCCUUGAAUUUUGGAAUCAGUAUAUUGAUGGUGACCAAUGUGUUUCAAAUCCAUGUUUAAAUGGUGGAGCCUGUAAAGAUGAUGUCAGUGCUUAUAUAUGCUGGUGUCAGCAUGGAUAUGAGGGGAAGAAUUGUGAACUGGCAAUACCUGUUACAUGUUCCAUUAAGAAUGGUGGGUGCCAGCAUUUUUGCAAGGAUGACCGUGAUAAAAAAGUGUCUUGUUCUUGUGCAAAUGGCUAUAAACUUCAAGAUGAUAGCAAGUCAUGUGAACCAACAGUACAAUUUCCAUGUGGAAAGGUUACUUCAGUAGAAGCACAACAGAAUUUUCUUACAAGGUCACUAUUGAAUCCUGAUUUUACUACCGAAGUUAAGAAAAAUGUAACAACUGAGAAAUCAGAUGUUAUUGUGCCGGAAUUGGCUUAUUCAGAUGACAGAAUUGUUGGAGGAACUGAUAGCUUGAAGGGUGAAUUUCCAUGGCAGGUUCACUUAGUGAAUAAAAAUGGAGCAGGUUUCUGUGGCGGAUCUAUUGUAAAUGAGAAAUGGGUUGUAACAGCAGCACAUUGCUUUCCUGUAAUAGGCAAUAUCACAGUUGUUGCAGGUGAACAUAACACAGAGAUUUUUGAUGGUACAGAGCAAUAUCAAAAAGUUAUUACGAUUGUCUUCCCCAGCUCAUACAACGCAUCUAAAAACAAGUACAAUAAUGAUAUCGCACUUUUAGAACUGGAGAAACCAUUUACUUUAAAUAACUAUGUGACUCCUAUAUGCAUCGGCGACAGAGACUUCACUGAAAAACUAUUGAGGACCAAGGCAUUUAGCAUGGUGACAGGCUGGGGGGACGUGAGGUAUCAAGGUAGGCCAGCCAUAACCCUGCAGAAGUUAAUGGUGCCUUUCAUUGACCGUGCAACAUGCAAGAGGUCGAGCAGAUUCUCUGUUUAUGUGAAUAUGUUUUGUGCCGGAUAUGCAGACCAAUCUAAAGACACCUGUCAAGGAGACAGCGGGGGGCCUCACGCGUCUGCGUAUAACAAUAUUUGGUUUCUAACUGGAAUUACUAGUUGGGGAGAAAAAUGUGCAGAGAAAGAUAAAUAUGGCGUAUACACCCGGAUAUCAAGAUUUACUGACUGGAUACAUAAUACAACAAAGCUCCACGUUAAUGGAAACAACUGAGUUAUACAAUAAAUAAACAACUGAACAUUUCUAAUGCGCUUUCUUUCAGCAGUUCUGUUACUUGUAAACAAAUGUAAAAUCAAUAGGGGAGCUGUUAAUAUUGCAAACAAAGCUAAAAGUAGUACUGAAACUCAAUAGUUUUCAAUAUAUUUUAUGUGUUCUGUUUUUUUUUCCCUAUCUCUUAUCUCUCUUCAUUAAAAUGUCUUUCCUAAAUAAUGCAGAUGUAUGUGUUAAAGGGACAUGAAGUUAUUUUGUAUAAGCAUAGCAUAUAUGAGUAAUUUUAAACGUCACUGGAAAACAUAUGCUCAUGAAAUAAAUGUUCUUAAGCAUUUGAAACUGUCA